GGGAACCAUGGGCCAGAAGCUCUCGGGGAGCCUCAAGGCAGUGGAGGUGCGGGAGCCCGCGCUGCGGCCGGCCAAGCGCGAGCUGCGGGGCGCCGAGCCGGGGCGCCCGGCGCGCCUGGACCAGCUGCUGGACAUGCCGGCGGCCGGGCCUGCUGUGCAGCUGCGGCACGCCUGGAACCCCGAGGACCGCUCGCUCAACGUCUUCGUCAAGGACGACGACCGGCUCACCUUCCAUCGGCACCCUGUGGCCCAGAGCACGGACGGUAUCCGCGGCAAGGUGGGCCACGCGCGCGGCCUACACGCCUGGCAGAUCCUCUGGCCGGCCCGGCAGCGCGGCACGCACGCCGUCGUGGGUGUGGCCACCGCCCGCGCGCCGCUGCACUCGGUGGGCUACACCGCGCUGGUGGGCAGUGAUGCCGAGUCGUGGGGCUGGGACCUGGGCCGCAGCCGCCUCUACCACGACGGCAAGAACCGGCCCGGGGUGGCCUACCCCGCCUUCCUGGGCCCCGAGGAGGCCUUCGCGCUGCCCGACUCGCUGCUCGUGGUGCUGGACAUGGACGAGGGCACGCUCAGCUUCGUCGUGGACGGCCAGUACCUGGGCGUGGCCUUCCGUGGCCUCAAGGGCAAGAAGCUGUACCCGGUGGUGAGUGCCGUGUGGGGCCACUGCGAAGUCACCAUGCGCUACAUCAAUGGCCUUGACCCCGAGCCGCUGCCGCUGAUGGACCUGUGCCGGAGAUGCAUCCGCUCGGCGCUCGGCCGCCCGCGCCUCGGCGACAUCGGCGCGCUGCCCCUGCCUCAGUCGCUCAAAAACUACCUGCAGUACCAGUGAGCGGGCCGGGCGGCGCUGGCGGCCCCGGGCGCACGCGGCGGCGGGAGGGGCCUCCGGCGCCCGGGACGCGCGGUUCCCCGCUUGGAACACGAAACGGCUGUUGCCAACAGUAUUGGCUGCCUUGGGCGCAGCCCGCACGUCGGACACCCCCUGGGAAGCCACGGGGAGCCUGGCGCCUGGCCCGCCGGGGCCACAGCGACCCUGCGGCCGCGCCUCGAUCGGAGAGCCCGCCUCCUCGCCCCGAGGAAGAAUCAGACAUGGGGCGGAGCCUCUCCCGGGGACGGGCCCGCUCGGGAGGAGACUGCCUCUGAAUAAUGAGGGGGAGCGCGCCUGCUGGCCGGGGCUCUGGGCCCACCCCUUGCCAGGGCGGCGGGCUUGUCGGGGCACGUUAGGACUUUGUGCCCCUUCGGAAGACUGUUGCCCGGGGAUGCCCAGCUGCA